AUGUGUUGGAGGAAAAAGAAAAAUUUGAAAAAGAAUUCCGCCCAAAAGACAUUUGCGCCUAAUAAAAAGAAGACAAAAAGUUUAAAACGAUUGCAGAGUGAUCAGAAAAAAAAGGAAGCAGAUGAUGACGGUAAUAUAUCAUCAAUUCAGGCUUAUGACGUGGAUUAUUACAAUCAUGAUUCCAGACAAUUUCCUGAUUCAGAUGAUAAAGAAGCAUUUUAUCCACCUGUUACGGAACCCACACCAUCAACAAAAAGAAAACGAGAAGAGGAUUUAGAAAAAGAUAAAGAGCAAAAAAUCAAGGAAGGAUUCUAUCAGUCACGAUCUGAUGAAGACGAUACACUUGAACCGGUCAAGAGUUUGAAAGAUGAAGAGACUGAUCCAGAGGAUAAAUCAAAUAAGUCAAAAAAAAUUAAACAAAUAAAAAGUGCUUCACAACGAGCUGCUCAAAGCAAAAAAUUAAAAACUCAUGCACAAAAAAAGAUAUUUACGGAUAUUUGCGAUGGUGAUGAAACAACAGAUCGUUGUUGUGAAUUCGGUGCAUUCAAAAGCACUCAUGUUGAAUGCCUUCUUUUGAUGUUGUAUAAAAUCCAAGCAGCCACAGAUGGAGAUCGAAAGAUCGAAAGAAAUCUUAGGAGUCGUAACAAAAUGCAAAUUUGA